AUGGCACUGCGAGUGACGUCGGCUCUGCUCCACAGAUUGACGUUCGAUGAUGCUGCACUGUGGCGCCCCUUCUACCUCAAGACCUUUGGCCACUCCCGGCCCUGCAAGCCAGCGUCCCAUACCCCCGAGAGCAGCACCAACGCCGAGCUCUGGCAAGAUUACCACCUGCACAUACCACAGGCCAAGGUAGUGGACACGCUCAUCCGUCGGUUCCAACAGACGUGGGAGUGGGCGUACAAGAGCAGGGUGUUGGACUUGGUGGAGCUCACGCGCAAAGGGGCAACGUGCUACGCCAUGCCCAAGGUGAGGUUCCCGCCCGAGCGCUGGGUGGCGCGCCGGGAUGAGCCCGAGCAGGGCAUGUGGCGCUACGAGGGCGAGUGGUCAACAGACCUGAAGAGGUUCGUCAGGGAGGGCUACGGUGCUUGCCGCUUUCUGAACGGUAACCUCUACUGCGGGCAAUGGGCGCACGACAUGAUGCAUGGCCAGGGUGUUAUGUUUUACGGUGAUGGCAGCGUGUACGACGGGUUAUGGUGCCGCAACGCACGGUACGGCAAGGGGACCUACAAACGGCCUGGUCGAUGGACCUACUGCGGCGACUGGAAGGACGGCAAGAGGUGUGGUUGGGGUACGCUGCAGUUUGCGCCGCUGGAUGACGCCUGGCGUACCUGUUCCUCUGCCAGCGGCCUUUCCACGACACCAGGCCAACGUCCCAGAGACUCUCUAGCUGGACCAGCUUGGGGAGGCCAGGAGCCACCUGCUCCGGCGGCAUCACCAACGUAG